AUGGUGUCUGGUACUGAUGAAGGCGUGUUCCUCGUGGACGACGCGAUCUUCUCGGCCCACGAGGCACAUUUGAUGACACAGAAAGAGCAGGCAUCUACGAUUCAGCUACUCUCAAUGGAUGAGAUCCUGUAUAUCGCGUCCGUCAUAGCGCAGCUCCAAUUCCCAGUGGACGUGAUCAACAGCAUUCUCGAAUUUGCAGGAGUACUGCUAACGUUCCAGACUGAGACAUCAGAGUUUCGACGUGGACACAGCAAUAUGAAUGAAGACUAUUUGCAGCUGCAGUUAUCGACUGUAGAACAACUGGAAGUUCCUCCCGGAGUGGACGUGACCAAAUGUUCGUUACUGGUAGCAGACUGCGUGUCGAAGGACCAAGGAUGGGCUACAGACCGUCGAGAAUACAAUGGAACAUAUUGCCACGCAAGCUCGUGGUGUGAAGUGGCAGUAGUGUCGAUGAGUGCAGAGGGAGAAAGCAGAGAGACGGCGCGUGUGCCAUUCUGCCCGAAUCUCCGUGCCGGCAGGAACUUCCGUCACCACCGUAAAUACUUCGAUAGCUCCACUAACCUGCUGCAGAACAUUAAGCUCGGUGAUUGUGUGUCCAUUGUGCUUCGAUCAGAAUAUGCUGGGUGGACAAACUCCGCGAAGUAUGGUCGACUUGCCGCCUGCUUUGCUGUGGAGCUCAACGACGAUUUUUCAUUCGCUGGGAUCUCGUUCCCAAGUCGCUCUUGCAGUACAGAAGAAAAUGCAAGUCAAUCUUCUAUUCCGUGCUGUCUUCAGUAG